AUGACAGAACUUAAUAAACCACAAACUAUGCUUUCCAGCACACUAGAUACUGUCGCUGGUCACACUCAAGAUUUCACACCAACAAAACAGAUCUGCGAAUAUCUCAAUGCAUUUCAUGUUUAUGGUGAUGAUAAGAGCAGAUUUGUCGAAGCCCAUCAUUACUGCACACACGUCAAAGAAAACUUCAGACAGUGUCUCAUCUACGACUCCGCUGAGAAAGACGCGAAAUUGAUUGGAGUUGAGUAUAUGAUACCAAAACAGAUCUGGAAUACUCUCCCUGACGAGGAGAAGCAAUACUGGCAUACACACGAGUGUGAAGUUAAAUCUGGCAUGCUAAUUAUGCCACGCCCAGCAGGGAUGCCAAACGCAGUCUGGGAGGCAUCCGAAACUAAAGCGUUAGAAGGGGUUGUCAAUUGGUACGGUAAAACGUUCCACUUUUGGCAGGUCGACAAAGGUGAUGUCCUCCCAUUGGGUCCACCAAAGCUUAUGAAGUCAUUUACAAAUGAGUUUCAGCUCCCGCAGGAGAUUCUCAAGUCACGCAACGAGAAGUUCGAUGUCGAUCAAGCAGCUAAGAAGAAAGCGCGUACACACAUCAAACCAGAAAUCGAUGAUACCAACGACCAGAAGUUCUGGGAGGGUGAAGGUUUUACGCUAGAUUUUAGGAAGGUUAAAAUGAAAUGAUCUUAUGCAAUGAAAUAUCUGUC